AUGGUUGGAUUAUGUGAAAAUCAACAGCAUAAAACGAUAUUUUUGAUUGAUUUUGGUCUUGCAAAAAAAAAAUAUAUUGAUAAGAAUGGUAAAUUAAUUCCAUCAGGUGGUAAGACAGAACGGGGUGGUACAACACGAUAUGGCUCAUUAAAUGUACAUCUAAGACUUGAUUUAUCAAGAAGGGAUGAUCUUGAGUCAUGGAUUUAUUUACUUGUUGACAUAACUCGUGGCUCUUUACCAUGGUGA